AUGGUAUUCUCAUUCGUAAUAGACAACUACAUAAACAAGUACCUCCCCCAGAGCCAACUCCACAAGCUCCCGAAACCGCUCGCGUAUUUCCUCGGAUACCACGACCCCCCGCACCCACGACGUCCCAUCCCAGACUACCUUCUCUGGAGCGAGAUCAUGAUCGGCUCAUUUGCAGCGUUGGCGUUGAUCAUGGGCAUAUUCAAGAGCCCCAACGUACUCACGACGCACCACCACGCACCGAUGCUCCUCGCGUCCUAUGCCGCGUCCGCGAUAUUGACGUUCAACACCAACCAGGUGCCGCUCGCGCAGCCGCGCAAUGUCUUAUUUGGCCAUUUCCUGGCUUCUUUAAUCGGGAUCUCGAUCCAGAAGUUGUUCAGCUUGAGCUCCCGAGGCCGCGCUAAUUAUUGGGCUAGUGGUGCGCUUAGCGUGGCCGUGAGCUCGGUGGUGAUGUCGAUUUUGAAUUGCGUUCAUCCACCUGCGGGGGCGAGUGCCGUGUUGCCGAGCUUGGAUCCGCAGGUUCGGGAGAUGUCGUGGUGGUUCUUGGCUUUGCAGGUUAUAAGCUCGGUGUUGAUUAUUACGGUUGCGUGCAUUACCGGCAAUGUGAUACGGCUGUAUCCUGUUUACUGGUGGUAUCCUGAUAGGGUGAAUUUGAAGCGGGCGACAAGAGCGGACGUGGAGAAGGAGCUUGGUGCGGAAGAGAAGGAGAUUGAUAAGGAGAGCAGUGAGGAGACGGAGGAGUUGGGCACGCGGUUGAGCCGCAUUGACCAUUCCUCGAUGAUUGUCAUUAGUCCCGACCUGGUGAUUGUUCCCGAGGUGAUGAACUUGGACGAGAUUGAUGUUGACUGGUUAAAGAUGUUGCAGCUAAAGUUGGCGGGCAACGCGGAGGUGGAGCUGCGGCGGGAGUCGAUUGCGAGGAGGGAGUCACGGACGAUUCGAGAGUCGCAUUCGAUGCGAGGCGAGUCCGCUACUAGAACGCGUACUGGGGCUCUGUCAUCUUCCCCAUGA